CGAACAAUCAGUCAUCAAUCAAAAGCCGAAUUUGUUUUCCUUCUGUGCGCGAUCCGUCGUUCGCAUCGUAAAAAGUGCCCAGAAAAAGUUUUUAUUCGUUUUAUGGGAAUGUUUUGACUAGGCGGUUCCCAUUUCUAGCUAGAGAGAAGUUAAACUUGUGUAAAGUGUUAUUAUUUGCGUGUUAAAAGUUCGUGUGGUGUGAAAAUUUUGUGUUCUUUCCGACUGUUUCGUUUGCGUGAGAUUUGAUAACGACAAUGUGGAAAUCGACGGCCGGUCGCGAUAUCGAUGUGAGCAUCGCCCCCGAAGGCGACGACGACUGGGAGACGGAUCCGGACUUUGUGAACGAUGUGAGCGAGCAGGAACAACGAUGGGGAUCGAAGACGGUCGAGGGAUCCGGUCGGAGUGCGGCUGCGAUCGAUAUGCGCCAGCUGCGGGAGGAGACGGAACGGGCCGACAAGGAGAAGAAGCUGAAAGAUGGUCCCAAGUCGUCCCAUGGGUACGGAGGGAAGUUUGGCGUGGAGAAGGAUCGGAUGGACAAAUCGGCUCUGGGGCAUGAUUAUGUCGGGAAGGUGGAAAAGCACGCCUCGCAGAAGGAUUAUUCCACUGGGUUUGGGGGCAAGUUCGGGGUGCAGUCGGAUCGUGUGGAUAAAUGUGCCGCGACGUGGGAACAUAAGGAGAAGGUGGAGAAGCACGCCUCACAGAAGGAUUACGCCACCGGAUUCGGGGGGAAGUUCGGAGUGCAGACGGAUCGUGUGGACAAGUCGGCUGUUGGGUGGGACCAUGUGGAGAAAGUGGACAAGCACGAAUCGCAGAAGGAUUACAGCAAGGGAUUUGGAGGAAAGUUUGGAGUGGAAGCCGAUCGACAGGAUAAAUCCGCAGUCGGAUGGGAUCAUAUGGAAGCUCCGCAGAAGCACGAAAGUCAGCUGGAUCACAAAGUGGGCUUCGGAGGAAAAUUCGGGGUUCAAACCGAUAGGAAGGACAAGUCGGCCCUGGGAUGGGACCACGUCGAGAAACCCGAAAUGCACGAGAGUCAGGUCGAUCACAAGAUUGGCUUUGGUGGAAAGUUCGGCGUGCAGAGCGACCGGAUGGAUAAGUCGGCCCUCGGCUUCCAGGAGCAGGACAAAAUCGGCACUAACUAUACCAAAACCAAGCCGGACAUUGGUUCGGCGAAGCCAUCGAACAUCCGCGCUCGGUUCGAGAACUUUGCGAUGGCCGCCGAGGAGGAAACGCGGAAGAAAGCCGAGGAACAGAAGCGAUUGCGCCUGGAGAAGGACAAGAAGGACAGGGACGAAGCGGCCAAACGAGCGAACAACGUCAACGAAACGGUAGAGCCUAAGAAACCCGAACGGAAGGGUCCAAUCAAUACAGGUCGCGAGCAGGGAGUCGGAAGUGCAAUCAGCAACUUUAACAAACAACCUGACACGCCAACGGAAUCCACUAGGAAGGAUCCAAUCGCACUGCCAAAGGAGGAAAUCCGUCCGGUCGUACAACCGGACGUCAUCCCAACGAAUGCCGUUCCUGUGACACAACGAGUAGAACAGCCACCACCACCGUCUCCCGCACCAGUAGUCGCCGCCGUCGCAGUAGAAGAAGAACCCCGAAUCCAGCCUCCGGUUGCCAGGACGGUCGAACCAGAACCGGAACCUACGCCGGAGCCGGUGGCACCCUCGGUACCAGCGCCUGAAGUGGCGGCGGCUGCUCCCGAGCAGGAAGAACCGGAGGAGUUUAUCCUGUCGGCGGACAAUCCGGGCGUGCAGGCCAUCGCUCUGUACGACUACCAGGCCGCGGCCGACGACGAGAUUUCCUUCGAUCCGGACGACCGAAUCACGCACAUCGAAAUGAUCGAUGAAGGCUGGUGGCGAGGAUUGUGUAACAAUCAGUACGGACUGUUCCCAGCUAAUUACGUGCAACUGAUUCAGUAAAAAAAAGAAGGUAGUGUCCCAUCGGACAUCACUCCCUAAGGUAUCGCUCAAAGCACUCGACGAUUUUCUUCCUUUUUUAUAUGUGUAUUUUACGGCCGAACGUUUGCGCAUUAAAUUAUUUUUCUCCUAGACUAGAUUGUAUCCCCAGAGCAAAAGAUGAAGCAUUUAUUGGUUAUUUACAGUUUAUACUCUCAAGAGAACACGAGUCAGAGGAGAUACAUUCCUUCAAGAUGAGCAUUAUUUUUGUUUGACUCCACAUUAAACGAUUUUAUUUCAUCCUAACGCCCCCUAUAAAGCUAAGAAUCAUUGAUUAGAUAAAACAAUUGUUAGGCAUUCUAGCAGAACAAAUCUUCCUCCAAAAGUCUAGUUGAACGAAUUCACUCGUUGUUAGAUAAGUAGCUGCCGCGUCGUCGGCGACGAAUGACUCUAUUUAGAAACUACAUCCCACACACCCUGUAGUAGUACCUAUAUGGAAUAUUUGAAGCAAACGGACCCAUCACUCAAAAGUUUAGUGUAAUUUGUUCGUUUCAAUCUAUAUCACCUGUACUAAAAUUAUAAAUAAUAUUGACAAUUGAAA